GUCGAUCAGAUAAAAACAUUAAAAUGCUUCCCACAGGGAAGCUUAUGUUCACUUGUACACUUAGAUUCAGACUGCCAAUUGGUCGUGAAUUAAUCUUAUCUAAACUGUUUCUGUACACGCUGCCUGGACGCUGCCAUUCUUGACGUUCAAUCGCCGGUCUUUUUCGCCUAAUCGAUGUUCGUCAUGUCUGCUGCUGAUUUCAUUGCAGCGGCGAGGAAAGCAGAGUCUGACGAAGCCCAACCCAAGAGGACUCUUUGCUGUUGCGAAUAUAUUUCUCAAGCCAACAGCCAGAAGUCUCAUCUCCUGGGAUGCUGUUGUAAUUGCGAGGACUUUGACUUGGUAUGCACACGAUUAGUCACGUGCAGGCGCAUUGAUCGACGCAAUAUAGACGGCAUGCUGAUUGCUUUCCAAGACCGCCUGCGCCUGCCAUGGCGCGGCGGGGCCAAACGGAUUUCGCCGGCCGCUGUUGCCCCAGCCUUCAUAAUUCCGCUCAUGCUGGGACUGGCCACCUUGAACUCCAAGACUGCUAUAGUUCUCAUGCUGACCAUGGUGGGCUUCUCCAUUUGGGGUCUUCAGCUGGCCAAGAAAACGGCCACACGGACCAAUUUCUUUCUUAGCUGGACUGUGUUCUCCGUCUUUUACAUGAUCGUCAUAUUUGAGUGUCAGGUGCCAUUGCUUGAGCUUGUGCCGGAGGAGAACUAUUUCCUUAUGUUUUUCACCUGUGCGGGCACAUAUUGUUUAUAUCGCACGCACCGCCUGGCUCCACUCAAUCUAGUUUCGGCUCAGUAUGGCACCACACCCAAGGACGAGCUACCCGGCAUUGCAGAAGCAUCAAGCGGCGAAGAGCAGGCGGAGGCGCAAACCACACUCCAGAUGGAAAGCGUACUAGACCUGAACGAUGAGGACGUCGUAGACAUAGACACAGCGGAGCGUGCGGGUCUGUUGCAUGGACAACCGAACAUCUGUGAGAGUUGUCGGAAGGUGACGCCCAGACGGGCCUACCAUUGCCAAGUGUGCGGCACGUGUGUAAAGAGGCGUUCCCAUCACAGCUACUGGCUCAACUGCUGCAUUGGCGAGCGCAAUCAUAGCUGGUAUAUAUCAGGCCUAUUCACAUCCCUGGUCGCUUUGAUAUUGGGCGCUAAUUUGACCCUAACUUCGAUAUGUCAUCCCUUUCUGGUGUUGCGUCCAUUCGGUUAUGCCGUGCUCCUACCGGACGAUUGCAGCGAAGUCUUCGAGAGUUUCGAAUUGGGCAUAUCCUUUGUGGUGGCUUGCUAUAGCCUACUCAUUGCGAAUUAUAUAACCUUCCUGCUGGCACGCCAGGCAUUCUUGUGGUGGAAUGAUACCACUCUCCACGAAUAUAAACGCGCAGCCAACGCAGCAGCUGCCAAUCGCAGUCGCAUCUGGAGCAACUGGCGUGCCAUUCUAAAGUGAUCCAAUUA